ACUAAUUUCCCAGCAUGCCUCGGUGAGGUCCUUUCCCUCCAUGUUCAAGCGCUUAUAGCAGGUCAGCUCACCUGAACAAGACUCACCAUGCCUGGAAGACUGUGGAGUAAGGCCAUCUUCACCGGGUACAAGCGCGGCCUGAGGAACCAGCGCGAGCACACGGCGCUGCUGAAGCUGGAAGGCUGCUACAGCCGCGACGAGGUGGACUUCUACCUCGGCAAGCGCUGCGCCUACGUCUACAAAGCCAAGAGGAACACCGUGACGCCCGGCGGCAAACCCAACAAGACCCGGGUGAUCUGGGGCAAGGUGACCCGCGCGCACGGGAACAGCGGGAUGGUCCGCGCCAAGUUCAGCAGCAACCUGCCCGCCAAGGCCAUCGGACACCGCAUCAGGGUGAUGCUGUAUCCCUCCCGGGUGUGACGACAACGAGGAGGAAGAUGGCCGCCAGCUGUUUGUACAAAUCAAUAAAAACAUCACAAACAAAA